ACAAUUGUUCACUAUGACAGCGAACCUUGGAUUGAUACUGUUGCUAAAUUCCAUGAUUUUCGAGAACGGGAACUAUCCAGUAAGCCUUCAUUUGUAGCAGCCCUUGAUGAAGCAUUAGAACUAUUGAGAAAGGUCUUAGAUGAAUAUCCAAAAUAUGGCGCGGAUGUGCCCAUACAAGGCUUCCAUAUUCUUUGUGAGGACCAGUUCCCCGAAGCUACGCAGUUCAUAAUAGAUGUUGCAAAGAGAUAUAACAUUGUUGUGACUGAAUAUCCUGGACCAUUGAAGACGGGGCUUGCACAACUGAAGGAUGAACAACCAUAUGUGAUCGCAGUGCUAAUGGGCAGCAGAGCUAGCGAUCCCUGCGGGAAAUACAUGAAAUCCAACCUGCAGUGGACCGACGAUGAUUGGCCACGAGUUCUGCGGGUUUGUCCUAUACUGUCAUGGUCUUAUCGCGAUGUCUGGGCAGCAUUGCGUGGAUUAUGCAUCCCAUAUUGCUCUCUGUACGAUAUGGGCUAUACUUCUUUGGGAGGGCGCAGUACGACUAUUAGAAACCCACUUUUGAGAAGUGUGGGCAAGGAUGGUACUGUGAGGUAUGUUUGA